CGGAUCAAACAUUUGACCCAUUAGGAGCCACUUCACCUCGUCCGCGAAGUGGCCUCAUCGAGACUGCGACAGAGCUCAUAUCCGCCCGCACCCAUUAGAUAGGUUCCAUAGUCUUCCAUACGGCGAAAAUUUGAAUCUGAUAUGCGGGCUGGUAUCGCGCCAUUCAGCACUCCUGGCGCAUAGAAAAUGAUUAAUUUCUAGGGUUUAUGUUAUUGUUUGCACGGAAGUGAUCUCUCUGCUCUAUCUCCUAGUAACAAACCGAAUCAAAGAUCACACAAGUCACAUAUCUGAUCACAAGAAGAUGUCUAUUGGCGUCCGCGAAGCAUGCAUUCUAGGAGCUUUCAAGCCAUUCGGGCUGGUCGCCGAAGCUAUGGACGGAAACCCCCCGGACAGUUUAUCUGGCGAUUACACUUACUCCCUCUUCAGCCCGGAAGUCACCAAACAAAGAGAAGUUGCUGAUGGCUUCAAUUCGACCUCACAUCCCAGUGAUCGGAGCGACCACGAGCUUUUUGUUAGAGGGGAUAGGAUAGUGUGGAGCAUAGGUUCACGAGUGUAUAAAAGGUUCACUUCACCCUCGACAGUGAUCAAGGCAUGCUUUUGUCGGAUGGGUGAUACUUCUGAAGUUGUUCUUUGUGUUCUUCAAUUGGAUAGUUUAUCAAUUUAUAGUGUCUCAGGAGAAGUCAUCUCUAUUCCUCUUCCUCGCAGCAUUUCAUCAAUAUGGCCUCUUCCUUAUGGUUUGCUUCUCGAACAAGCAGGAGAAGGGGAUUCAUUCAAGAAUAUAUUACGUUCUUCUUUGAGCCCAUAUUUAGGCCCCCGUGAUAUAGUUUGUCCUAAAAAGGAUGUAAGCCCCACACACAAUAGUAAUAGAAUUCGUGGAAAUGAUUUUAUCAUGAAGGGAGAUGAGGUUUCAAUGUCCUCACAUAUGAUAUUGAAGGAUGCCCUGGAAGAACCUCAGUCAACUUAUGUUCAGCAAAGAGGGAAACUAGACAUAAUGAAAGAAUUUGAAGAAAAAACUAUUUGGACAGGAGAUUGUGUUCCCGUGACAGCAUCAUAUAACAGAGCAAAGAUGCAACAUUCUUUGUGGGCUGUGGAAAUUAUUAACUCAAACAUGGAAGUAUCAAAUGCUAAGCGCUCUAAUGGCCCUUCUGCAGUGAUUUCGAAACAAUUUUCCUUCAGGAAAAUAUGGCAAGGAAAGGUCUCACAGACAGCUGCUAGUAAGGUAUUUGUUGCAAGUGAUGAUGACGCAUCACACAGUAUUUGCUUUCUUCUCAGAGAUAAAAAAGAGUUGCUGUCUGUUUGGCUCCAAAAGGAAGACAUAAACAAUGAAAUAGUCUAUGAUAUUAAACCAGAACUGAGCUGGAGCAUACCAGCAGUGGAUGCAGUACCAGUUUCUGUUACUCGCCCAUGUGUGAAUGUGGGAGUGCUUCCAUAUGCGGAUAUUGUUACUCUGACACCAGAAAAUAUUCUUCUUCUCUAUUCUGGGAAGCAAUGUCUUUGUAAGUAUGUGUUACCGCCUUCUUGGGGUAAAUAUCACUUGCCAGGCAAUAAUCACAUGGGGAAAAAAUCUGUUACCCAUGAUUUGGAAGUUGUUGGAAUAGCUGAUGCUGUUGAGGAGCGUAUAAAUCUUAUUAUGAAUAAUGGACAGAUCUACAGAUGUGCACUACGACGUUUCCCUUCAUCAUCCUUAGCUAAUGAUUGCAUCACAGCAAUGGCAGAAGGGCUACAACCUAGCAUCUACCAACAGUUUCUUAUUCUUUUAUGGAAGAAUGAAAAUCCAGUUUAUCUAAGUAGGAAUGAUGUCACUGCUGAUUCAGAGUGGGAAACAUUCUGUAAUGUAUUACUGCAAAUGUGCAGGUGUUCUACUCAUUCUUCCAAAAGGACUUCAGAUUUAACCUUAUAUUCAUCAUGGGAGUUUCUCAUUCAAAGUAAAUAUCACAAAAAAUACUGUCAGAAUAAUCUAAUAGCCGGAAUUCCUCAGCUGGAAUCUUCCAAUCAGAGGGGAUUUGAUGCAUCUGGAUUAUCUGGAGACAGUACACAGAAAUCUAGCAACACAGUUUAUAACGAGAUACUGACUGAGUCUCUGGAUUCACUUCAUGCAGUAUAUGAGACUUUGAAACUAAACAAUCUCCGCAAACGGGAUUUGGAUCUGCUGGUAGCCCUAUUAUGUGAUGUGGCUGUGUCCUUAGAUGCAUAUUGCUACUUGGAUCAUUAUAUACGUGAUUUUCCAAGACUAUCGAAAGGGUUUAAGAUGCCAUGCGAGACAUUUUCCCGGAAAAUGCCUCCCAAUUUGUUCAGGUGGCUUGAAACAUGUUUACAAUUUGGAUGUAGUUCUGCUAGUAUAUGUGACAUUCCACCAUUGGUUUUUAAAGAAGGCAGGUCUGUUGUAAACUGGGCACGAAAAGUUGUAUCAUUCUAUAGUCUUUUAUGUGGCGCAAAUCAAUUGGGUAAGAGGCUAUCUUCUGGUGUUUUCUGCAAUAUCGCGUAUGGAUUAUCUCACUCUAGAGAGGAAGCAACUGUCCUGGCAAUGGUUGGAGAAAGAUUUGGUUUGCAACAGCUAGAUUUACUGCCGGCUGGCGUGUCUCUUCCUUUACGACAUGCAUUGGAUAAGUGUCGCGAAUGUCCUCCGGUGAAUUGGCCCCCUGCUGCUUAUGUGCUUAUUGGCAGGGAGGACUUGGCUUUGCCAAAGUUAAAAUAUCCAAGCAAAUCCGGGGAACUUGAGGAUGAUGUAAAUGCAAAUUUGAUUUCUACAUGUACUCCUUACGUGCUGCACUUACACCCUGUGAUGAUUACCUCCGUAUCAGACUCAAUAGACUCAGAGAGGAGCAAGCUAGAAGAUGCAGAUUCUCUUGAGGGAUAUAUAAAUGAUGGUAUGGACCAUCUUUUCAACUCUAGCACCUUAUUGCGGUAUGGUCGUGAUCUGCGACUGAAUGAGGUUAGACGAUUGCUAUGUUCUGCUAGACCAGUAGCUGUUCAAACACCAGUUAACCCAACUGCAUCUGAUCAAGACCUUCAACAGGCUCAGCUAUGGCAACUAGCACAGAGGACAACAGCCCUUCCAUUUGGUCGUGGCGCUUUUACACUUUCUACUACUUGCACACUUUUGACGGAGGCACUUGGUGUACCGAAGCUUGUAUUAGCUGGUCGGCUGCCGGCUCAACAAAAUGCAAUGGUUAAUCUAGAUCCAAAUGUUCGAAAUGUACAAGAACUUCAGCCCUGGCCAGAGUUUCAUAAUGCGGUUGCUGCUGGGUUAAGACUUGCUCCAAUUCAGGGUCAAUUGCCAAGACCUUGGAUAAUGUAUAACAAACCUAAAGAGCCGAGUGUUAAUCAUGCUGGACUACUCUUUGCUCUGGGGUUACAUGGGCAUCUCUGUGUUUUAAGUAUAUCUGACAUAUACCAAUACUAUGCAGAGGUGCAUGAUAUAACAUCUUUAGGAUUAAUGAUUGGACUAGCAGCAUCGUACAGGGGAUCAAUGCACCCGGCAAUUUCCAAGUCACUUUAUGUACACAUACCGGCGCACCAUCCAACUUCAUAUCCUGAAUUUGAACUGACAACACUUCUCCAGUGUGCAGCACUUAUGUGUCUUGGGCUGCUAUAUGAGGGAUCAGCUCAUCCUCAAACAAUGCAUAUUCUUCUGGGUGAAAUAGGUCGUAGAAGUGGAGGGGACAAUGUACUUGAGAGAGAGGGUUAUGCACUUUCUGCCGGGCUUUCACUAGGUCUUGUUGCAUUAGGUCGUGGAGAAGAUGCUAUAGGAUUUGAAGACGCAUUGGUAGAUCGCUUGUUUCAAUAUAUUGGAGGAAGCAACCAUCGAAAUGAUCAGUACUCAUUCACACCACCCAUUAAUGAGCACAACCAUAGUGCAGGACAGGUAAUGGAUGCCACAUCGAACAAUGUUGAUGUUACUGCACCCGGAGCCAUAGUUGCUCUUGCUCUAAUCUACAUGAAGACUGAAUCAGAAAUGAUAUUCUCAAGGUUAUAUAUACCACAGACGCGCUUUGAGCUACAAUAUGUGCGACCAGAUUUUAUAAUGCUGCGCAUUAUUGCUCGGAAUUUGAUAAUGUGGAGCAGAGUUCAGCCAUCUGAAGAUUGGAUAUGGUCACAGAUUCCACAAGUUAUUCAACGUGGUAUAGAAUGCCUUGCAGUAAAUUUAGACAACAUUGACGAGGAUGAUGCGGAAGCAUUUGUUAAAGCAUAUGUCAACAUAGUCGUUGGAGCAUGUAUCUCUCUUGGUUUGAGAUUUGCAGGAACAAGAGAUGGUAAUUCACGGGAGCUGCUUUACAAAUAUGCUGUAUACUUCCUUAAUGAGAUAAAGCCGGUUUCAAUUACAAGUGCAAAUACCUUCCCUAAAGGGCUAUCUAAAUACGUUGACCGCGGCACACUUGAAACAUGCCUUCACCUCAUUGUUCUUUCCCUAUGUGUGGUCAUGGCUGGAUCUGGGCACUUACAGACAUUCAAACUGUUGAAAUUUCUAAGAUGUCGAAAUAUUUUUGACGGGAACUCAAGUUAUGGUAUUCAUAUGUGUGUGAGCUUGGCCAUUGGAUUUCUGUUUCUUGGAGGUGGCACACAUACUUUCUCAACAAGCAAAAUUUCUAUUGCUGCUUUGCUGAUAACUCUUUAUCCACGAUUACCAAAUGGACCUAAUGAUAACCGAUGCCACCUUCAGGCAUUCCGACAUUUUUAUGUUUUGGCGACAGAAGCUCGUUGUAUUCAGACAGUUGAUGUCGACACUGCAUUGCCUGUCUAUGUACCACUUGAAGUUACCAUCCGGGAAACUAAUUACUAUGCAGGAACAAGUUUUUGUGAGAUCUCCCCAUGCAUUCUUCCAGAGCGUGCCAUUUUGAAGGCUGUUCGUGUCUGUGGUCCUCGUUAUUGGCCUCAAGUCAUUGAGCUCAUUCCAGAAGAAAAGCCAUGGUGGACUUUGGGGGACAAGAAUCACCCCUUCAAUUCUGGUGUACUUUAUGUGAAGAGAAAAGUAGGAGCUUGUUCAUAUGCAGAUGAUCCUGUAGGAUGCCAAUCACUGCUAUCAAGAGCAAUGCAUAAAGUGUUUGGUCUGACACACUUGAGAGCUUUUGGAUGUUCCAAGUCUAUAGCGGAUAUCACAUUAGAUCAGUUGGUUAGUACAUUCUCCUCUGAUCCAAGCUUAACUGCCUUUGCCCAACUAUGUUGCAAUCCUUCAUGGAAUAGCAGGUAUGGAAUUGCAUUCCACGAGUUUUGCUUGCAAGUGCUCUUUGAAUGUGUGAGCAAGGACAGGCCAACUCUUCUACAGAUAUACUUGUCCAUAUACUCCACAAUUGAGUCAAUGGCAGAACAAGGCACUGGUGGUGCAUGUAAUUCUGGUGAUUCAGUUUCCCUCCUAAGUCUUAAGCUUGCACUUGCCUAUGGUGAAUCCUUGCUGGCUAAAAUAUUAACCAGUUCAAGUGGUGGCAUUAUGCACACGACUUUCCUGGGUACAGUCAAGAAGAGGGUGGAGGAAAUUCUCAGUUCUUCAUCACCCAAUAUACAAAAGAAUCUCCUGGAUUAUAUCAAGUUUGGAAGAUGGCCAUGUGAUGACAGCCAGGCUUCCACACAUCUCUCUUGGUAUCUCCAGUGGAAUGGAGUGCCAUCUGUAUAUGAACUUCGAAGAGCUGAGGAGAAAAUGAAGGCCCUCAGAAUGACCUCGUCUGUUCCUUUCCUACACUUGUUAUUUCCAAGAACGAAUGCCACUGCACUUGCAGAGAUCAAUAGGUGUGCCGAUCCUUGACCUCAAUGAAACAUUGUGUGUGAUUAUGCAACUUGUACGGAGUAUUAUUUAUGUUCUACUUUGACUGUACAUAAGGAGAAAUAACUUAUAAUAAUGUAUUAGGAAUAGGUUGACACUAAUUGGCAGGACUGAUCAGAGAUGUGUAACUAAGUUUAUUUUAGGUAAUGAACAUUUUUUUCGAGUAAUUUGAUUGGUUUGAAAAUGAUGGAAUUCGACUGGUUUUAAUUUCGAAAUGGGUUUACAUUCAGUUUCCAUCCUUUUUGUGUUUUAUUCUUGCAAUAAGUUUUUUUCAAUGGG